AAGAGGAAAGGUGGAAUGUAUUCACGUUAAAACCGUCCUGGAAAAGCUUUAGCAACGACUUUUUUUCCAGACUGGCGUUUUUUUUAGCAAACUGGAUUUCUGGAUUCCGACAGGUAUAAUGCAUAACAAUCACGUCCGGAGUGUUUACCUCUAGGCGUGGUGGAAACUCAUCCUCAAGACGGAGCAUUUGUUCUGCUGUUGCCCCCCUCUCAAAGAAGCCAAGACGUUGCUCCGCACAGAAUCGUGUGGCCCCAAUCCGAGGCGCGGUGCCCGUUCGGGAAGGUCGGCUCUCGGUCCCAUCCAGGGCGAAAUGAUGGUGCACUGCGCGGGGUGCGAGAGGCCCAUUCUGGAUCGGUUCCUCUUAAAUGUUCUCGACCGUGCAUGGCACGCGAAGUGUGUCCAAUGCUGCGAGUGUAACUGCAACCUGACUGAAAAAUGCUUCUCCAGGGACGGAAAACUCUAUUGCAAAAUUGACUUUUUCAGGCGUUUUGGUACGAAAUGUGCGGGCUGCUUACAGGGCAUUUCGCCCAACGACCUCGUGCGAAGAGCGCGCAGCAAGGUGUUUCACUUAAAGUGCUUCACGUGCAUGGUGUGCAACAAACAGCUGUCCACGGGCGAGGAGCUCUACGUCAUCGACGAAAACAAAUUUGUGUGCAAAGAGGACUACAUGAGCGCAAGCGCUAUCAAAGAGGUCAAUUUAAACUCAGUGUCGUCAUGUACGGACCGAAGUUUAUCGCCUGAUCUCCCGGACCCGAUACAGGACGACACGAAGGAGACGGACAAUUCCACAUCCUCAGAUAAGGACACUAACAACAACGAAAAUGAGGAGCAAAACUCGUCCACGAAACGAAGGGGACCGCGCACAACCAUCAAAGCCAAACAGCUGGAGACGUUGAAAGCCGCGUUCGUGGCCACGCCGAAGCCAACGCGACACAUCCGCGAACAGCUCGCGCAGGAGACAGGCCUCAAUAUGCGAGUUAUACAGGUGUGGUUUCAAAACCGACGGUCCAAAGAACGCAGAAUGAAGCAGCUCAGCGCUCUCGGAGCCCGGCGGCACGCCUUCUUCAGAGGACCACGCAGAAUGAGGCCACUAGGAGGAAGACUAGAGGACCCGGACAUCCUGGGCCCUGGAGGAUACAGUUACUAUGGAGCAGAAUACCAGGGUGAUUACUACGGUCCAGUUGUCAACUACGAUUUCUUCCCACAUGGACCCCCGUCCUCACAAGCACAGUCUCCAGCCGAGUCCCCUUACCUCUUAAGCACAGGUGCUGGAGGCCUGGAGGGCGGCCCGCUCUCUGCUCAUCACCCCUCAGACGACCAAAGGUUCACGGACAUGAUCUCCCACGCAGACACCCCCAGCCCAGAGCCAGGCAUGACUGGCCCUCUCCAUCCCAAUCCACAGGGUGAAGGCGGCUUCGCAGGAGGUCCAAGUCCACCCUUCCCCCUCACCAACAACACGAGUUACAACGGCCCCAUGUCUCAUCCUGGUCAAGAGAUGGGGGAGAAUACAGUUUGGUAGGGUUGGGAAUUAUGGACAGAGAGGAGGUUCGGGAUAAGGCUUUGAACUAUGGACACCCUUCCAGCCUAUCCAAACCUCUCUUCCCAUCACCUUAGUUAUACUGAGGGAGGGCUUCUCGGCUGGUCAUGGCUCUCUGACCAGAACAAAACAUGUUCACCCAAUAUUUGGACUUUACAGAGAAGAGACAUUAAGUACAAGUGGCCACCCUCUGUCUCAAAUUAGUUUCUACCGUCAAAGGAUAUGUAUCGUCACCUGACCAAUCACAAUGGUUUGAUUCCGUUGCUAUGGUUUCCAAGUUCAAUAUUAUGAUUGUGCCAUAACCAACAAUAGCUCAAAUGUUCAUCAAGGUCUUCAUCAAAUGUUUUCUACUGCUGUUGACUUACUGAAUUGUAAAGUUGUCGAACCGCUUCCAAAUAGAAGUACGCUGGAUGGUUGCACU